AUCCCUGACGUGCGUCGAAGCCGACGAUCCCCCGACACACGCACGCCUGCCGGCCAACUCCUCUGCGCACCUGCCAGGACAAUCAAUCGCCCUGCCCCCAGCUCGAUCGCAGCCACCCCAUCAUCGACGACGUUCACCUAUCUGCUUCCACCAGCCCCGGCCGGCCAGACGGACGGCGUCCCUGAUCUACCUCACGGGGCCGACCGGACGACGACGACACGCUCUCCACGCGCGGCCACUGCACCACCGGCGGCGAUCCGAUCAUCCCGACCCCGGCCAACGCACGGAGGUACGCGCGGUUUCGUGCUCCAUGCCGCGUUAAUUCCUCCGUGUCCACGCAUCCGCAGUGAUCUGGCUGAGACUGAAGCCCCUCCCGUUCCUCGUGGCUCUCAUGCUUAGCACCCAAGCAGUAGCACUCGCUCACUGUGAUUAGCCAUCUCUGUCCAUCCAUCAACCGAUCCUUCACAAGAUUUUUUAGUGUUUGUUUAUUCUUGCACGCCGGAACUACACGAUCUCCACGACGUGUCGCCUCACAUCCGUCCGGUGGGUGGAUAUUGUGAGAUAAACUCUUUGGCCCAGUCAAAGCGUAGCACAAACAAGAUCCAAAAAUACCAGCAAAACCGGCAGAAAACCAGACAAAACCAAAGGAAAAAUAUAGCAAAAACAUCAGGAAGAAGAAGAAUAGCCAGAUCAAGCCCAGCCCGCCCAAUCCAGCAGCGCUAUAUAACCAGCAGCAGCCCGAGGCGAGCGAGAUGCGGAAGUGGACGAAGAAGCUGGGCCAUUCCCUCUCCCGCCUCCUCACCUCCAGGCCCCCCUUCGCCUUCUCCCGGCCCAGGCCCAACCCUCCCGCUGCUCCUCCUCUUCCCCCUCCCCCUCCGCCUCCGCCCGUCUCCUCGAUCCAGCCGCAGCCGCCGGGGUUCCUCCCCUCCCCCUCCCCAACCAUGCCGCACCACGGCAGCCACCGCCCGCCGCCGCCCGCCCCGGGGGGCCACGUGUUCCCGCGCGCCGCCUCCACGGUCCUCCCCGACCCGUCCCGCUUCUUCGCGCCGGAGCUCCUCGCCGCGCCGCUCCCCACCAACUCCUUCUUCCAGAACUUCGUCCUCAAGAACGGGGACCAGCCGGAGUACCUCCACCCCUACUCCGUGCGCUCCCCAGGCGGGGCGGCGCUCGACGUCUGCUACCCGUCGCGGAACCACUCGCCGUCCUUCAUCAUCCAGACCUUCGUCGCCGACCUCACCAUCUCCGACGCCGCGGGGAGCGGCGAGCGCCACCGCGUCGCGGCCUUCGACGACCUCUCCGUCACGCUCGACGUCUCCCCGACGCUCCGCGCGCACCUCGCCCGCGGGUGCCCCUACGUCACCGUCGUCACCACGGCGGGGCCCGUCGACGUCUCCGUCGCGUCCGUCCACGCCUUCGUCGACGUCGCCGCCUGCGACGGCGCCGGCACCAAGUGGCGCCUCGGGAUGAACAGCGGCCAGACGUUCCUCCUCUACGCGUCGGCGCCGAUCCGCCUCGCGCAGGCCGGCACCACGCAGCUCUCGGCGCCCGGGUUCGCCGGCGCCAUCCGGGUCGCCUACCUCCCCGACGCGUCCAUGGAGCCCGUCCUCGACCGCUACAGCGGCUGCUUCCCGACGGCGGGGGAAGCCGCGCUGAGCCGGCCGUUCUGCGUCGACUACUCGUGGCGCAAGGCGGGGCACGGGGAGCUGCUGAUGCUCGCGCACCCGCUCCACCUGCGGCUGCUCUCCGACGACUGCGGCGCCCGCGUGCUCGGCGACUUCCGGUACCGGAGCAUCGACGGCGACCUGGUGGGCGUGGUCGGCGACUCGUGGGCGCUGCGCGCCGACCCGGUGUCGCCGACGUGGCACUCGACGCGCGGCGUGAGCGAGGACGGCGUGGCCGAGGUGGCCGCCGCGCUCCGCGCCGACGUGGCCGGCCUCGCGUCCACCCCGAUCACCACCACGUCGUCCUACUUCUACGGCAAGGCGGUGGCGCGCGCGGCGCGGCUGGCGCUGAUCGCGGAGGAGGUCGGGUGCCCCGAGCAGAUCCCGGCGGUGCAGAGCUUCCUGCGGGCGGCGGUGACGCCGUGGCUGGACGGCAGCUUCCAGGGGAACGGCUUCUUCUACGACGCCAAGUGGGGCGGGCUGGUGACGCUGCAGGGGCUCCGGGACUCGACCGCCGACUUUGGGUUCGGCAUCUACAACGACCACCACUACCACCUGGGCUACUUCCUGUACGCCGUGGCGGUGCUGGCCAAGCUGGACCCCUGCUGGGGACGCAAGCACAUGCCCCAGGCCUACGCCAUGGUGGCCGACUUCAUGACGCUGUCGCGGAACCGGGCCGGCGGCAGCUUCACCCGGCUCCGGAUGUUCGACCUGUGGAAGCUGCACUCGUGGGCGGGCGGGCUGACGGAGUUCGCGGACGGGCGCAACCAGGAGAGCACCAGCGAGGCCGUGAACGCCUACUACUCGGCGGCGCUGGUGGGGCUGAGCUACGGGGACGCGCACCUGGUGUCGCUCGGCGCGACGCUGGCGGCGCUGGAGGCGCUGGCGGCGCAGGCGUGGUGGCACGUGCGCGCCGGCGAGGGGGUCUACGAGGAGGACUUCGCCGCGGCGAACCGCGUGGUGGGGGUGCUGUGGGCGAACAAGCGCGACAGCGGGCUGUGGUUCGCGCCUCCCGAGUGGAAGGAGUGCCGGCUGGGGAUCCAGCUGCUGCCCCUGCUGCCCAUCAGCGAGGCCCUGUUCCCGGACGUGGCGUUCGCCCGGGACCUGGUGGCGUGGACGGAGCCGGCGCUGGCGCGGGACGGCGUGGGCGAGGGGUGGAAGGGCUUCGUGUACGCGCUCCAGGGGAUCUACGACCGGGAGGCCGCGCUGGCCAAGACGCGGGCCCUCACGGGCCACGACGACGGCAACUCGCUCACCAACCUGCUCUGGUGGCUCCACAGCCGCGGCAGCGUCGUCGGGGACGGCGACGGCGGCGCCGGGUUCGGACGAUGCUGCUGGUACCGCCAAUACUGCCACUGACAUCUGACGUUGGCUGAGGGCCAGCGGGUGACCGCCGUUGCCGCCCUGCAUGCCCGUUGUGGAGCAGAGAGAGACUUCACUCUAUUCGCUGUUUGGUUCCUCCAGCCAGUCAAUAGUAUUUUCCUCUCAUAUAGCUCCAGUACUAGCCUCCAGCCAUCAGCCAUCAGCCAUCAGCCAGUCAACAGUAUUUUUCUCUCACACCACUCCAACACCAGUACAACGAAUAGAGUGACUAGAAGAGAGUGUUGAGUGGAUACGUUGAAAAGUCUUGUAAUAGUGUGUCUACGAGCGCAUCACGAUGCUACUCACUUUUACAUUUGAAAUAAAAGUCGUGUAAUAAUUGUUGGCAAUGCAUGCUAUGCAUAGGAAAGGAUGAUGGGUCGUGAACUUUGAAA